GUCUGUAAAAUUGCACGUGUUACAUAUACCGUUCGACAGACGACGAAACGAGACAACAAGGUGCAUCGGAAAACAUAUGCUUACGAGGCUCACAAACAGCUGCAGGCAUUUAAUAUCCACGCGUGAAAUGUCAAGACAACGGUCCACGAAAAACGAGAAGACGCGAAAGGCGACCGCUACUGACAACCAAUCCACAGGCAAUCCGGUGCUUUACGAUAAAGAUGGAAAUGUAACGAUUAAAAUUCAAGCUAAACCGGGCGCAAAGUGUAACAAUAUAACCGAUAUUACCAACGAAGGGGUAGGCGUUGCGAUAUCUGCACCACCAACGGAAGGAGAAGCGAACGCCGAACUGGUCAAAUAUUUAGCUUCGAUUUUUGGACUGAGAAAAUCUCACGUGUCCUUGGACCGGGGAUCCCGAAGCCGGCAGAAGGUUGUUACAGUAACGGGAAUUACGACGGAUCAAGUACUGGAGAAGUUGAAGAUAGAAAUGCAAAACUGAAUGUGUGAAUUUUCCUUUUUUCAUAAUAUAAAAGAUAAAGUUUCUCCCUCUGUCUCUAUUAGUCUUCUUCCUGUACAAGUUAUCCCCCCCCCCCAAGUUAUCCACAUAAUUUUCUCCUGCGUCGGUACAUCUUAUCCAUUCUCCUUAUUGUUACAUCAUUUAUUUUACGCAUAUUUUUAACGUAGAUGUGUCAUCGUGAGCGUUAUUUUACACAACAUUAUCAUACAAUUUGUACA